UCUGAAGCAGAAACAAAGGUUGAAGCAGAGAGAGAAGUGCAGCCCGCAGUUGAAUCAGAAGCUGAGGCUAUGGUCGAAUUUAAAACUGAGCUGAUAGUUGAAAGUGAAAUUCCAGUUGAACCUGCAAUUGAGCCUGCGAUUCAGCCUUCAACUGACAGAAGUCAAACUACAGAUGCAGCUAAGGUGGCCCAGGGGCCUUCAAGUUCUGAAGACAAAUUUUCAACCUGUUUUGAGGAUCCUUAUACUCGAUCUGUGCUGUACAUGGAGAGACACAACAUUCUACAAAUGUUUCAGAGGAUGACUGAAAAUCUGGUAUAUGAAAGACCCGAUGACCCACUUGAGUUCAUGUUACAUCAGGUACAGGCAUUGAUCUGGAUGCGUGACAAAGAAAUCUGUGUGGAAUAAACUGCAUUCCAGCAAG